AAAGGUUAGUGCACCUACGUAAACGUUAGAUAAGUGUGAGUGCUCUGCCAGACAGAAUUGUCCUCCGACUCUUCUGGAUGUCGUCGGAUCAUCUGCCGUCAUGAAUUUAAAGCUUCUCUUCUUGUGUCUCGUCUUGGCAGCGCUGCUCCUACCUGCUGAACUCAAACCUAAAAAGGACAAAAGAAAUCAUCACGACCAUAAAGAUAGAGGUGAUCACCACCGUGGUCGGGGUCGUCCUCGUGAUCGAGAGCAUGAGCUUAAACGUGAAAAAAAGAAAUGGAAAGUCAAGGACAUUAUUGAAGUUUUUCACAUCUUCAACGACGAGGAUGACGAUGAGGAAGAAGAUGAAGAACACGAGGAGUGGCUUUUUGACCUUCAAAAUCCAGAAGGUAGAUGUAACCCAAACCCUUGUAUGAACAACGGGGUGUGUGAGCCAAAAGGAAAGAACCACUUUAAAUGUGACUGUCCCAAACAUUUCAAAGGGAGGAGAUGCGAGAGAGGUCCAAAACGUUGUAAAAAACAAAAAUGUGGGCAUGGUGAAUGUGUUCUGACCUCAUCGCCACCAUUUUAUGAGUGCAAGUGUAAGUGGCCCUUCCAGCCUCCAAACUGCAGAAAAAUUUCACCGUGUGAAACCAACCCUUGCAAAAAUGGUGGAACAUGUGUAGUGGAUGGUGAGGACUUUGACUGUAAUUGUCCUCCAGGGUACAGAGGACAAUUUUGUCACGUUGGCCCAAAUGACUGCUUUGUUGAUGAUGGAGAGUCAUAUCGCGGUAAUGUGAGUGAGACAGAUGACGGUGACGAAUGCCUGUACUGGAACUCACAUUUCAUUCUGGACAAGGGAACCAAUCCAUUCAAUGCUUUUGAGGACUCAGAUGGACUGGGCCCUCAUAACUUCUGCAGGAAUCCUUAUGGGGAAUCGAUGCCCUGGUGUUUCUUCAGAAGGCGCCACAGACUGGUGUGGGACUACUGUGAUGUGACUGAGUGUCCUGACCCACCAGUUAUUACACCAACUCCUCCAGAGCCUGAUCCGACACACGAAAAGCCAGAACCUACAAUGCCUGAACCUACAAUGCCUGAACCUACAAUGCCUGAACCUACAACAACGCCCGCAACAAUGACAACCAAACCUGCAGUGACUACCAAACCCCCAACGACUCAAGCACCUCCAACAAUUGUCUUACCCAGUGAUGGGCCAACUAUUGGACCCACUGAGGGUUUUGAGAUCCCCAUAACCACUGCCCUGCCCCAACCUUUUGCCACCUGUGGAAAGGCAGAACCCAAAAAAAUAACCAGAAUUUUUGGGGGUUUAAAAGUAUCUCCAGGGGCUAUACCAUGGCAGGUGUCUUUGCAAGUGAGACCAAAGAACACCCACCUGCCCUACAGACAUGUUUGUGGAGGUGUUCUAAUCUCCAGCUGCUGGGUAUUAACAGCUGGACACUGUAUCAUCCAAAACAAGGACAUGCUGGUGACUAUGGGAGGUCUGUCGUUGGAUUAUGAAGAACCCACAGAACAAAUCCACCAUGUUGAAGAGGCCAUUGUCCAUGAGAAGUUCAAUGAGACUGCACUAGCUGUUUACAAUGACAUUGCUUUGCUGAGGCUGAAUGGAACUGAUGGUGUUUGUGCCACUGAGAGCCAGUAUGUAAAGACAGCCUGUCUGCCUACUGGCCAACUGCCUGAUGGGAUGGAGUGCACCAUUUCAGGAUGGGGUGCCACCGAGAACUCUAGUUAUGGUUCCAAUCACCUGCUGCAGGCCAAUGUACUGCUGAUCAACCAGGAGAAAUGUGUUGACUCCACUGUUUAUGGCAAAAAUGUGGAUAAUUCCAUGUUCUGUGCUGGACACCUUAUGGGAGGAGUGGAUUCAUGCCAGGGUGACUCUGGGGGACCAUUGACCUGCAAGACGAACAAUGCCAGUGUUGUGUAUGGCCUGGUCAGUUGGGGAGACAAGUGUGGCAAAGCUAACAAACCUGGGGUCUACACACGGGUCACUCACUUCCUGGACUGGAUCAAAUCAAAAACUCAAGGGACGUUCUUGUGAGCGACAUACUGUGCCAGCUAGUGUAGCUGCCGGCCUGGUCACAACUGGAACAAGUUUACUGUAUGUGUAGCCUGGUUUUUGUCACUAAAAUGAGAGAGGUUUUUUUUUUUUUUUUUUUCGUAAUUCUAAUAUGUCUUACACAAAAAUAAGCUAAAAUGUGAAUCUAUUCGUCUAUAUGUGAGAUUUUUGUAAUUGUACUGUAAAAAAGUAUUAAUUCAGAUCAGGUAAGAAACAGUCCUAUAUUCAUUCCCUCUGCCAACAUUAAUUUCCUAUACAUACUUGCAAGGUAACUCCAGCACAUUGUGAAAUUGAUUGCAUUGACACAUUAAGGUAUAAAUUUGUUUGUCAAUCUUUUAUAGUGGUUUAGGAACAUCAACAGAAAUUCCCAUUAGAAUUUCACAGUCGACCUUUCUGUUUUGUAUUUACCACUGUUUUAAAUCACAACUGUGCUACACAAGACUCUGGAGAUGAACCACAAAAUAAAUAAAGAGUAAAAGAUUU